AUGAAUCCUCAAGAGAUGACAAAAGAAAGAGAAAAAUUAUCACACCAAUGUGAUAUGUGUAAAAAGACAUUUUCUAAUAAGCGAAAUCUCACUGUUCACAAAUUCAUUCAUGCAGAGGGGAAGCCAUAUGACUGUGAUGUCUGUGGUAAAUCAUUCUCUCAGAAAAAUACUCGUAUAAAGGAGUUUUACGUGAGAUACAUCAUGAAUAUUGAUCAUGUUUUGAAAACGAAUGUCAGCCCAUAUAAAUGUGAUAUUUGUGGUAAAUCAUUCACUCAAAGGAUAGGCCUUACUUAUCACAAAUACACUCAUACAGGAGAGAAACCAUAUAAAUGUGAUAUUUGUGGUAAAUCUUUCUCUCAAAAAGGUCACCUUACUAAUCACAAAUCAGUUCAUACGGGUGAGAAACCAUAUCAGUGUGAUAUCUGUGAUAAAUCUUUUUCAUCAAAAUGUCAUUUAACUACUCACAAACUUACACAUACACGUGAGAAGCCACAUCACUGCGAUAUUUGUGGUAAAUCAUUCUCUCAAAAAGGUAACCUUACCUCUCACAAAUACAGUCAUACAGGUGAGAAACCAUAUCAGUGUGAUAUUUGUGGUAAAUCAUUCUCUGAUAAAAGUCACCUUUCUUCUCACAAAUACAUUCAUACAGGAGAGAAACCAUAUCAGUGUGAUAUUUGUGGUAAAUCAUUCACUCAUAAGCAUAGACUUACUUCUCACAAAUCAAUUCAUACAGGAGAGAAACCAUAUAAAUGUGAUAUUUGUGGUAAAUCAUUCUCUGAGAAAAGUAACCUUUCUUCUCACAAAUACAUUCAUACAGGAGAGAAACCAUAUCAGUGUGAUAUUUGUGGUAAAUCAUUCACUCAUAAGCAUAGACUUACUUCUCACAAAUCCAUUCAUACAGGAGAGAAACCAUAUAAAUGUGAUAUUUGUGGUAAAUCAUUCUCUGAUAAAAGUAACCUUUCUUCUCACAAAUACAUUCAUACAGGAGAGAAACCAUAUCAGUGUGAUAUUUGUGGUAAAUCAUUCACUCAUAAGCAUAGACUUACUUCUCACAAAUCCAUUCAUACAGGAGAGAAACCAUAUGAAUGUGAUAUUUGUGGUAAAUCAUUCUCUCAGAGAAGUAACCUUACUAGACACAAAUCCACUCAUACAGGAGAGAAACCUUAUCACUGUGAUGUCUGUGGUAAAUCAUUCUCUCAAAAAAGUCAACUUUCUUCCCACAAAUCCAUUCAUACAGGAGAGAAACCUGAUUAAUGUGAUGUCUGCGGAAUGUCAUUCUCUCAAAGACGUUACCUUGAUUCUCACAAAUACAUUCAUACAGGAGAGAAACCAUAUCAAUGUCGUAUUUGUGGUAAAUCAUUCUCCCGUAAGCAUAGCCUUACUUAUCACAAAUCCAUUCAUACUGGAGAGAAACUGUAUGUGUGAUAUUUGUGGUAAAUCAUUGUCUUGCUUGCGCUCUUUAACCUCUCAUAAAAACAUUCAUACAGGAGAGAAACCAUAGCACUGUAAUAUCUGCAGUAAAUCAUUCUAAGUCGGAUCUUUUCCUCUUGAACGGCACUUUUCAACACAAUUUCUAGUUAAUUAAACACUUUUAAACUUUGU